GGUGGUGGUGGUGGUGGUGGUGCACAAAAGCGUACGUCGUCUGAUCGGUCGCGCGCGGCUCUCUUUCGCGCUCCGGAUCCGGCGCCGGGAAAGAGACACGGUGCUGGACGGUGGAUGUAGUGACAUGAGAACAUGUGAUUCUGACAGGGUGAAAGAAAGAGCAAGCGACAGCAACAGUCCCCGUAACAUUAUAAUUCUUUCCCCAUACUCUGCUCCCACUGCCAGGUGUGUGUGUGUGUGUGUUGUGUGUGUGUGUGUGUGCCUGUGUGUGUGUCUGUGUAUGUGUGUGUAUGUUGUGUGACGCGCAGCGGUGGUAUACACAGUAGCGGUGGUUCACUCGUUCGUGACGCGUCGCGCCGCUCCGCUAUAUAAUCGUCGGAGACACGCCGGGUACACGCUCGCCGGGAUCGUCGCCCCCUCGCACGCGCGCCGAGGGGUAGUUGGCCACCGUUGCGGAGGAUACGAUGUUCUGAAUUCGGAGCGGCGAAGGGACACCAUACGCAUCAUCAUGGUCGCCAAGCAUUUUGCGGCGCAGGGUUCAAGCCCUGAGUACGGCGUGCCGGACAUGACAGUCAUCAGCGACAUCGAUGAAACUGGUAUCAAUCGGAAUCUUCAAGUUCGUUAUAGCAGGGACCAGAUAUACACGUACACGGGAUCCAUACUGGUGGCUGUGAACCCUUACAAGGAGGUGGACUUCUACACGAAUGAGUACGUGAAUCGAUACCACGGGCAGAAGAUGGGCGCCCUGGAACCUCACGUGUUCGCGUUGGCGGAGGCGGCGUACAGGUCCUUGCAGGACACGGAGAGCAAUCAGUCCUGCGUGAUAUCGGGCGAGAGCGGAGCCGGCAAGACCGAAACUACCAAGUUCAUCUUGCAAUACCUGUGCUCGGUGACCAGUAACGUCGACACGUGGGUGGAGCAACAGAUCCUUGAAGCCAACACCAUUCUUGAGGCGUUCGGCAACGCAAAGACCGUGAGGAACGACAACAGCUCGCGAUUCGGCAAGUUCAUGCAAGUGUGCUUCGACAGCAAGUGGAUGAUCAAAGGAUGCAUCAUUCAGGACUACCUGCUAGAGCAGAGCCGCAUUACCUUCCAGAGCCCCGGCGAACGCAAUUACCACGUGUUUUAUCAGCUGGUCGAGACCGGCACGAGGGACAAGGAAUUCGCCGAGCAAUAUAAGCUGCAGCCGGCCGGCCACUACAAAUAUCUCAAUCAGUCCGGCUGCGUGAAGAUCGAUGGAAUUUCCGACUCUAAGAAACUUGACGCCCUCAGGCUCGCCUUCAAUGUGCUCCAGGUUGCACCGGAGAUGUGCGAGGGUAUCUUCCGGGUUUUGUCAGCUAUCCUGUGGCUGGGGAAUUUGAGUUUCGAGGACGUGGACGGAGAAAGAUGCGAAUUGUUGAGAGAGGAUAGCAACAUAGUCGACACAGUGGCGCCGUUGUUGGGCAUGCAGGUGGAGGACCUCACCAAAGUGGUGUUGAUACGACAGAUAAACGUGCGUGGCAAUAUCACGGAGAUUCCGCUAAAAGUGCAGGAAGCCAGGGAGAAUAGGCACGCGAUGGCGAAGGCGCUGUACUCGCGCACCUUUGCUUGGCUCAUCAAUCACAUCAACAAUUGCACGAACCCGGGCCAAGACAGCUCCCGGUUUCUCGGUGUACUCGAUAUAUUUGGCUUCGAGAACUUUACAUUGAACAGCUUCGAGCAGCUCUGCAUCAAUUACACGAACGAGAAGCUGCACAAGUUCUUCAAUCACUAUGUCUUCGCGCUGGAGCAGGAACUCUAUCGCCAAGAGGAGAUCCAGUAUUCUCACAUCACGUUCACGGACAACACCAUGUGCCUGGAGCUAAUCGAGAAGCCCCCGCGAUGCGUUCUUAAGUUACUGACCGAACAGUGCCAUAUGCCAAAAGGGUCCGAUCUGGCCUACCUGACGAACCUACACGCGGAAUUCGAGAACCACCCGUGCUACGUAAAGGGAGACGAUCGGCGGAAGUGGGAAAAGGAGUUUGGGGUUAAGCAUUACGCCGGCUGCGUGACGUACACUGUCGAGGGUUUCGUUGACAAGAACAGGGAUGUGCAGCAGGACGUCUUCUUUGACUUCAUGUCCAGAAGCACCAACGAAUUCGUGCAGGAGAUCACCGUCUACCAGGAUCUACUGGGAUGUACCGUUGCGCGCGCGACCGGCGGUGCUACCGCAACCACGAUGUCUCGUGGCACUUCCAAGGGCAAGCCGACUUUGUGUGACUCCUUUCGACAUCAGCUGCAGGCUUUGGUGGACGUACUGCAGGCGACCACGCCGUGGUACGCACGUUGCAUCAAGCCGAACAUGGAGAAGAUGGCAAACCACUACGACGAGAAGCUCGUUUUAGACCAGCUUAAGUAUCUCGGCAUGUUGGAUAUCAUUCGCAUACGCAAGGAAGGCUUCCCGAUACACAUGUCGUUCCAUGAUUUCGUCGCGCGAUACCGUUGCCUAGACAAGGCUCGACUUUCGCUCUCCUGUGAUGAGAAGGAAGCAGCCAAACGCUUGAUUGACAGUCAGGGCAUAACGGAGACCGAGUGGCAGAUCGGCCGGACCAAAGUGUUCCUGAGAAGCUACGUGCACGAACCUCUCGAAGAUUCCAGGAAUCAAAUGGUGACGAGCAACGCCAUCGUGAUACAGAAGAUCUGGAGGGGAUAUAUAAAACGGCGAGAAUACAAGCGUAUAAGAGAGGCGGCGCUGAAGGUGCAACACGCUUAUCGAGGCUGGAAGUUGCGAAUAAUGUUCAUCAGGAAGCGCAGAGCCGCCAUCGUAAUCCAGAGUCACCUGAGGGGUGUGUUCGCGAGGGAGGUAGCCGCAGCCCUGCGUGAAAUGAGGCGAGUCGACGAGGAAAUGAGAAAGAGGGAGCGGUUGGAGGAAGAACGAAGACUGAUGGAAGACAAGAAGGCUCUGGAGGAGAGUCAGAGCGCGCAGUACAAUGGUAUUGUCGGGAUGGAACCCGGGAAAGCGCAGGAGGAGAUCGCCGCGUUGUCACAGAUGGCUGAGCAGAUGAACUCGAAAAUGGCCGCCACGGAUCUGCAGUCGGUGGACCUCGACAAUCUGUUCUCUUUCUUGUCAGACGUACAAUCGACCAAGAGUAAUCAGAUCAUCGAUGAAAUCGGCGAGCGAAUGGACGAGUUGGUGGAAGACCUCGACGUGGAAUUGGAGACUGUGAUUCAACAAGAGAUGGAAUCGAACUCCAAGGCCGAAUCGAAGGUUACGUCUCCCAACGGGCAGGAGCCAUCUCCGCAGCUGCAGCAGCAGCAGCGACUACCGUGCACGAACAGCUUGAGCAGCAGUAAACUCGGUCAACCUAGCUUACCAGAACCAACCGAACCCCCGCCACCACCGCCACCCCCGGCACCGCCGUUGAUGAAUGGCGGUGAUUCGUCGAGUGACAACGGCGAGCCAAUUUAUGAAUCGGUGUUGCCACGCGACGAGAACGAACCCGGCAGUCCGAUCACUCGCAACGGCAGCACCGGGCAAUUGAUGAACGGAGAGUCUUGCAGCUCGCCGCCACCUGUGCCAGGUGGCAAGUUGAGCAAAGAGCAACUCGCCGGCAGUCCUCCGUCCAGGCCGGAGUCUCGAAGCUCCAACGGUCAUCAUCAUACGCAGCAUCAUCACCAUCAUCAGACAGUGCCACAGGCGCAACAGAACGGUCACGAUCAGCCGCAGUCACAGCAGUCGCAAGCGCAGCAACAGCAGCCGGUUGAGCAGCGCGAACAACGGCGCAAAUGUCGAGUGGAGCGCAAGCUGCAGGAGUUGGAGGAUAAAAAGGAGCAGGACAAUGAGGCGACGAACUAUCACGACAUCAUGGAAUUUGCACAAAACUACUUCAACAGCCACGAACGCUCGCCAGAAGGCACGAUAAUGGCCACGCUGACAAGAAAGUCACGCGGCAAGAGCGUGGAGUACAUUCCCAAAUAUGAGAUGGUCACGUAUUACAAAGGGAGCAGCAUCCCGAAUUCUCACAUUCACAUGUAUGAUCCCGACAACGUGAAUGUGGCGUGUUCUGUGUUCAGGGAUUUAUGCAAGUACAUACGCGGCGAGAUGAAGCUGGAUCAGGAAAUCCAGACAAUCCAGGGCAUCAUUGCGUAUGGAAUCGAGCGCGAGGAACUGCGCGAUGAAAUCUUUGUGCAGUGCAUACGCCAAGCAACCAACAAUCCCAACGCGGAAUGGGCGGAACGUGUGUGGCUGCUGCUGUGCUUGGCGAUCGUGGCGUUCCAGCCUAGCAAAUUGCUUUACAAAUACUUCGUCUCCUUCCUGAAGAAAAACAUCGCGCUCGAAGGCAAAUUGCGGCAGUAUGUGCAAUGGUGCGUAGACAAUUGCAAGAACACAAAGGUUUCCUGCAGGCAACAUCCGCCGUCGACAGUGGAGAUUGCCGCCAUGAGGCGACUCGGCACUAUAGUCUGCCGGUUCUUCUUCUUGGACGGCAGAACGAAAGCGAUCGACGUACAUCCGACUGACACGGCCGCCGAUGCAGUCGCGAAGCUCGGCGAGAAGUUGGGCCUCCGAUCGUUGGAAGGUUGGGCCAUCUAUCAAAGCAGACCGGACGGAGAGGAGCACGUGCGGGCUCACGAUUACUUGUACGACGUGAUUGCCGCUUGGGAGAUGAAGCAGUGCAAAUUAAACACGGCGCAGUCGACAUUCUCGACGUUACGACGCGGUAAUAACACUACUCUGGGCAGCGGUGACAAUCGCUUCGUCUUCAAGCGAAGAUUGUUCCGCAAUCCGCGGGAGAUCUCGCAGGAUCCUGUGGAAGUUAAUAUGCUGUACGCGCAAGCGGUUUACAACGUCGUAAAGUGCGACGACUUUCCGGUGUCCGAGAAAGUAGCAUUACAAUUAGCUGGCUUGCAGGCGCAGGUGUCUCUGGGUGAUCCCAAGGACAACGACAGACUCGAUUAUUACAGCGAGGUGGACAGUUUCCUGCCUUACAGGAUCAGCCGAGCUCGCGGAGACGACGUCUGGGUGCCGAUCAUCGCCCAAGCACAUCGACAAUACGGUGCUGGGCGUAAGGAGUUAGCGGCCAAGGUCUUGUAUUUAUCCUGUGUGAUGCAGUAUCCUCUUUACGGCACGACCAUGUUUAAUGUCACUUAUCGUGGAUACUGGUCCUACGGCAACCAAUUGAUCUUGGGUAUCAAUUGUGACGGUCUCAUGUUGAUUAAACCAGACGACAAAUUCGUUUUGUCCGAAUACCGCUAUCAGGACGUUGAGAGCAUCAUGCUAGACCCGAGCGACUCUUUCAUCACGCUCUCACUGCUGCGACACAAUCCUGACAGCUCGCACAAGUGCUUCGUCUUUGAAACUCCGCAGAAGAAUGAGAUAGGCAGUCUGAUCGUGAGUUACUGCCCGGCGCUGGCGGGUUGGAUCACAGAGAAUGAAGUGCCGACGAAGAAGCUCAAAGGUAUCACCAACGAAGAUCGUAUUAGGCUCUACCAUAAUCUGGUUAACUGUCGGCGAACGUUGGUGGACACUGAGCUUCUGAGGAAACCUCAGGAUUCCGGCGGUGGUUUCCUGCGUAACACGCUCAGACGAUUGUCCAAGCACAGGAUAGAGAAGCUCAGGCAAGAACAUGGAAGCGCCGACCACGGGGAGACCUACAAGGGUUUCCCUUACGCUUACUGGGCAUUCAGCCGGCAACAGAUACCGCAAAGCUUGGCGAAGCUGCCCGAUCCUGACGAGCAGAUGGCACUGAAUAUCUUCCAGUUAAUCCUGACAUACGCGGGACUCGGCCAAAACGGUGACACAGUGCGCAGAGUCGAGGACGAGCAUGUGAAUCUCAUACAGACAGUGAUGGAGCGUUGUAUACGCAAGGAGAAUCUUCUGGGUGAGCUGUAUCUUCAGUUGAUCAAGCAAACGACUGAUCACCCAGAUCCCAAUAGCCGCGUCAAUCUCAGACACUGGGCAUUGUUAUCGCUCGCAUGUUCCGUAAUUCUGCCGCCGCAGAAGGCUAUACGCAAAUACUUGAUAGCUCACCUGAAGCGCUGCGCCAGCGACUACGUGACCGAGGAGGGCAAAUACGCGAGGUUCGCGGAGAAAUGUCUGUACAAGACGCAGGGCACGAGGCGGCGGCAAUGGCCGCCGAGCCGCGAGGAGAUCAUGUGCACCAUCAAUCGUCGGCCGAUUUACGCGAGGUUCCACUUCAUGGAUGGUCAAUAUCAUGCCGUCGAGUUUCACCCGUCCGCGACGGCCAGGGACGUUAUGGAAAUCAUAAAGACCAAGAUAGGACUGGAGGAAACUGCCAUGGGUUACGCGAUCUACGAAGUGCUCGGACCAACCGAACGUUCGCUAAUACCCGAGGAAAAGAUAGCCGACGUUAUGUCCAAGUGGGAACGCUUCAGAACGUCGCAGCAGAAUCAGCAAACGCAACGAAAGCAUGCUCAUCAUUUCUUCUUAUUUAAGAAACACUUGUUUUUGGACCAAUACAUGAACCUAGAUGAUCCUGUGGAGAAAGAGCUGCUGUAUCAUCAAGUACUGCAUGAUUUGCGAGCCGAUCGGUUUCCCAUCACUGAAAAAGAAGCCAUGAUGCUGACAGCUCUGCAAGCACAGUUGGAAAUGGGCGAUUGCCUCGAGCAAGUUAUAACAGAGCAAGAUUAUCGUACGAUAUCGAGUCACUGCCUGCCGUCGAGGCUGGUGCCGAGCCUGUGCGUGGAGGGUGUGCUCCAGCACCACCAAUCCCUGCGCGGUAUGACGCCGCCCGAAGCGAAGAAAGCCUUCUUGAAUCUGAUCCAGUCGUGGCCGUUGCAUCGCGCGACGAUCUUCGACGUCAUGCAGUCGUUCACCUCGAAUUGGCCUCGUGUGCUAUGGUUGGCCGUCGAUCAGCAAGGUCUUCAUCUCCUCGAACAUCGCUCAAGAAACGCACUAUGUACCUACGAGUAUAGCAGCAUCUUAAGUUAUACUCCCGCCGUUAAUUGCCUGAUGAUCAUCACCGGCACCGACAAAAAGCAGAGCAAAGUCAUCCUCACGACGUCGCAGGCACAUCAAAUAGCGAAUCUGAUUCGCGAGUAUAUGGAGGUGCUGCAGUCACCGCCGGAAAUACCACGGAGGGACUCGACGAUAGCUCAACAGCUGGCUCAACAGCAGCAGCAACAGCAACAGCAGCAACAGCAUCCACAACCGCCCGCUGCAACUGUCCUAUCAACAUCCACCGGUGGACGCAAGUCCCGACCAGCUUCGGCGAUGUUGCACAGAGGUGCUCCGGUAAUUCAGUCGCAAGCUAGUUAGAAUGCCAAUUAGGCGACUCGCGUUUAUAAAGAGACGACGACGAUGACGACGACGACGACGACGACGACGACGACGACGACGACGACGACGACGAUGACGAUGGUGAUUUCCCUUCAACCUGGUACCUAAGGUUCGAGUUCUCGUCGGGCGCGCACGUUCCAUUGCCAAGUGCCAUAAAUCCCAAAUACGCACAGCGUCACGCAUGCGGUACUGUCUAUUUUAUCAAACAGAGAGAAAAGAAAAGAAAUACGCGCGACUAUAUAUGAACAUAUACAUAUAUAUAUAUAUAUAUUACUGUACACACUAACAUUAAUCUCCAACUACCGAACUCCGUCUUUAUCCGUGCGAUUCUCAAAUGCUCCCCUUUACGUGUACUUUCUUUAGCGAUACGUACUCUCUGAGAUUUUAGCGCGUGGUAGAAUGAGGUUUCAGUAUCAGACUGGUGGCGAAAGGAAAGAAAGAAAAAAACAUCUGGCUCGUGUUUACACGUUUCUCACACGCUACACGCGGCUGCCUAUCAGUAUUGAACGAAAGACGCGUACCUUGAACCUUUGGGGAAGAUAUCUCGCAGAUAUCUUCGGAUGAAAAUGAUGUCAGGAGGAGCCGCGUGUAGCGCAGCUUAAACGCGCCGUUAGAUAGAAACAUGAAGAAUACGGGAAGUCUUAAAUCGUUGAUGCUUUCCUCGGUCAGGCCUAUCGAGUGAUUGACGAGGCAAUCGUCGUUUAAGGAUGGCACUAGCUCUUAGGAAUACUUCUUUCUUCCACUAUUUAUUCGAGUUAGCUUAGACCCUUGAGGUCGAGUUGAGUCAAAGACUAGAUUAAUCUUCGCGAAUAGCCGAAUUAGCGCAGCGAGUUGUGAGUGAUAAAUAACUGCCAUUAGAAGUGUUAUUAUUAAACCGCGACAGAGGGCAAGAAGAGACACAAGAAGUUGCCGAGGACUUUUUCUAUUUCUAUUGUGACCGUUAUCAUUGUUGCCUUUUUUAUGAGCGACCGCCACCGUUUUUGAUAACCGUUUUUGCAGCACGACAAAAGCAAACGCGAGAACUAUGUACACGGCGAUACAUAUUUAACGAUUGAAUAAUAACGAUCGAUCAUCCCGACUCCGCGUUCGAAGUCGCGUUAUCCCACCGGCAUAUCAGAUAUCUAGAUCGACGAGCGACACAAGAGAAAGAAAGAACCGCGCGAUUGCCCGAUUACGAUGCGAGACCAAAAACUUCAUCAUCUCUCGAACGUGAACGUAAACGUUCGAUCGCGAACGUUGUCUGCCAAUUGUUAUAUACAUACAUGUUAUAUACACCAUACCUUUGAGGACAGCGGGACGAUGCGGUGGCCAAGAUUUUGUGACAUUUUAUUGAUAUUAUAAAUUCACGAUUAUAUGCGUGCGUACAUGCAUGAAAGAAUCUUUACAAAUUGUCUGCGGUAAGAACAGCAACGAGAACCGCAAGAUAAUGCAAGAUAUUAUCUCGCGUAUCGGGAAAAAAGGGAGCGAGAGUAACUCACGUAUAGCGAGAAGACAAGUUUUGCUGAGGCGCUUACGUUCUGGAAAAAGAAAAAAAAUGGAUUGUAAAUCUCUUGUAAAGCUUUGGCCACCACGCAAGAUCCCGCGAGAUCCGAAAUCGCGCGAGACAAUCGUUGAAAGAGAGCGGGAUAUUGUUUCCCCUUCCUUGAGAUCGAUUCCUUGUCAACGAUUCCACAAGCUCGACACAUAUUUAACGGGGUAUAUAUACCUUUCGCAAAAAGUUGUACUGCAUGUCCGUCGUUAAGUCGACUCUCGAGCCGCUAGAUACCAAGUGGAAGCGGCUUGCAUUUGAAUACUGUGCGAGAAAAUCGAAAUCCGCAUGCGGGGAGCUGUUUGCUUCGCUAACGAUAAUCACGUAAAACUAGUUUAAGGAUACAGAAGAGCGUGCGUGCGUAUGUGCACGCAUGCAUUUGGUGCGAAUCAUGGGUUACUCAUAUAUACGAAGAGUGAGACGAAAGUAUUCGCGCGCGUAUCGUUCUCUUGGGAUGAAAUUUCGCACGACGAAGGAGGAAAAGUAUUGCGAUGAAGAGAACACGCUGACGCUUACUGGUAAAUAAUUACUUUUAUUUGCGGCACACACGUCGAGCGAUGCGCUUUGUUGCGGCUUUAUUGGCAACAUACGUGUAAAUGUAAAAAAAUAUCCCAUGGGAGAUGGCGAUCGUGUGCGAAUACUUGUUUUACUCGCUGCAUGUAAGACAUAA